UCUGAUUCUUUGACACAUCGGAAGUUCGACACGGUUCGCAAAAAAGAAUGGCGAUGUCCACAAGAAGCAUGCUAUUACCUUUUCAUCGGAUGUCAUGCUGCAAUUUGAAGAAUGCAGUGGUUUCUUUGGAUAUGCGUUUUCCCCUGCCCUUUGUGGUGUCAGUCCGGACAAAGAAGCGCUACUUCAUUCCACCUGCUGUGGGUAUAAAAGGGAAGACCCAGGUAGACCAGGCGGCUAAAGCCAGAGCAGCAGGGAUUAUAAUAAAGCAGGAGUACAUGGAGAGAGCCAUCAAUAUUGCCUGCACAGCGGGAGUCUUCGAUCCCUACAUCCCACCAGAGGGUGAUUCCCGUCUCUCCAGUUUGUCUAAAGAGGGUUUGAAACAGCGGACCGAGCAGAUUAGACAAAGUGCUGCUUCUCAGCUAGCGAUACGUAAGAUCAAAGAGCACGACACAAAGUUUACCUCAAAAGAGUUCCCAGGGCACGCUCAGAGGAUUUACAUUGAAGCUCACAACGUUCUUACACAGUUCAAUAAAGAGAAACUCCAUUCCCUUGUCACAGAAAGGUGUUAUCCUGAAAUGACGAGGGCCAACCGUUAUAAGACGCUGCGUUGGAACUUUGUGGAAUCACUUGAACCACCAAAGGUGGUACAUGCACGGUGCCCUGACAUGGUCAGUAAAGGCAACCUGUAUGGUCAGGUGACUAUACGCAUACACUCCAGACAGACGCUAGCUAUCUAUGACCGCUUUGGGAGACUGAUGCUGGGGAGUGAAGAAGAGCCUAAGGAUGUCCUGGAGUAUCUGGUCUUGGAGAGGCACCUCAUCAACCUGUAUGGCCGCUGGAGGUUACAUGGCAAGAUUGUUCCAGCGUGGGCUCCAGCCAAAGAUCCCAUCAUUAAGACUGUAAUGAUUCCUGGCCCUGAGCUUAAACCAGGUGAAGAAUUUGAGACCCUCAACUUUGAAGUUCCCAAGCCCAAGGCCAUUCAGUGGCACAAGUAGGCCACAAGGGAACAGUUACUUACUGUAGGCUUCUAAUAUACAUGGCUGUAUAGUUUUCCGAGAUUAUAUUGUAUACACAUUUAAAAAAAUUAAAUAUGUUGCAUAUAUUCUUUAUUGCAAUAAUACAAUGAGUACAUGUUGAUUCAAAGAAUACAAAAAUAAAGGAUCCCAACUGCUUUUUCAUUUUUUUAUUUUGCGUGAAUCUGUAUUUAAAUCAUAUUUCAAUCCCAAAUUAUAUAAAAUUAACUGAUAUCCCACAUGUAUCUCUGUCUACAUUAAAAAAAAAGAUAUAGGUAUUGGAUUUAUUUAGCACAUCAAUUCAACAACACAAGAACAUGCAAAAAUGUCACAAAAUGUGAUCUACAGCAAAUACAGCUACAAUUUUAUUUGUAUUGUAUUAUAUAUAAGCAUUUUUAUCUUGCACUCAAGGAAUAUGGUUAGUUUGAAUUGUCAAUUAUAUUAUAAACACUAUUUUAUAUUUAUUGUGUUUUUGUAAAGUUACAUUUAUUUGUAAUAUUUAAAUUGUUGUCACAAACUCUUGUUGGUUUGUAAUUGAUCAAGUAUUCAUUUUGAUGCACUGUAAACUUGAAAUUUCAUAGUUAAGAUAUAAAGUUGGACAUAGGGCCACCAUAACAUCAUUUGUUAAACAUUUAAAACUGUAUAAGCUUUCAAGUUAACCAAUUGGGACUGGCGGUAUGGAUGUUUUUUUCCCUGUGUGUCAAAACAUUUAAAUAUCGUUUCGCAACACUCA